CAAGUCCUAAGCAAGGUAGCAACGCACGCACUCACGCACGCAGCAGCGUGGGCAGUCUUUCCCAGGCUUGGUCAAACAAGUAGGACUGAAGAUCUCGGUGACGAUUCGCAACUCUCCUCGAGCCUCGUUGACACCACGCAAUCCGUCUCGGCACAACAGAAAAUAUAACAAAAAUGGGUGGCGGAUGACUGCGCCUGCCUUGGGUUUGUGAACUUUGCUCAAUCGGUUGGACUUAUGCGACUCAAUUUCCUCCAAGUUCGCCCCUAGAUCUCGUUGGAUUCACAAGGGCCCAACCAACACACACCAACACAUGGACAUCAAGAAGCCCUUUACCUCCCUCCUGGAGGACCAAUCUUCCGGCCCCGGACCGAGCGCCUCGGCCCUCCGGCCCCUGUCGCCCUUCCGAACUGGCCGUCGCUCAUCAGAAACUCGGAGUGGAGAUGGACGGGGCACGCACGCGGCGCCGUCCCACUCGGGCCUCGACCUCGAUCUCUCUCAAGACCAGGCUGCCCUGUCCUGCGUAACCAAAGAAACAUCGCAAGAAGAUUGCGCCAGACACAGGUUCAUCGUCUGGGCCGCCGUCAAGCGCAAUUCAUCCGUGCGCAUGACUCCCCAGGAGCGAUUAGAAUGCCCGCUGCUCAGGUGCACGCAGCGGUUUCCAAACCACGAAUCGAUGCUCAAGCAUCUUGCCGGCUGCAGAUAUCUCGCCUCGGGCGAGUAUUGGUGUUAUGACCAUAUGAGGGUGGAGCGCUUCGACGAUCUCAGGUGCAAGCGCUGCCUGGGCCACCCCUCCAAGAGACGCAAGAUGCUUUCCAUGGCCAAGAACUUCUUCCAUUCGCUCGGUCACAAGGCCAAGAAGCCAGCCGGCGUGGGAUUCGACGACGAGGAAGUGAUGCUUCCGCCACCACCGAGCUACGAUUCCCUCAACAUUCCCAGCGUCGACGGCACGGCCAGCGAGUUGCCGUCCACCGAGAUCGUCGAAAUCGACUCGAUGGAGGUGUCCCUUUUCCAGCCUACCCCGACGCCAGGCCCCCACAACGUCAUCAACCCCCAGGCUCUCCUGAUGCCAGCCGUUCCUGCCCUCCCUGAGCUCGAUUCGACCGUUCCUCCAAGCGAGCCCUUCAUGCAAUGGCCGCCGAUGCCCGGGUUCCUCCCCACGUCGUUCUCAGCUGUGCCAUCGUUCUCAGGUGGGCCGCAGGAUGACGGUGCUUUCAGGGGCCCGGCUGCUAAGCCGAUACUACAGCUAGCCACGGCCGGUCUUCAAGGCCGUCGUCAAACGCCACGGCCAGUUUUUAGGCCUGCUCCCAGCGUUCCGCGCAGCAAAGGUCUGGCCCCUAGCUCCUCGGUGAGAUCGACGGCUAGCACCGACACCAACGCGAGCAUGGCGAGCAACGGAAGUUCCAUGAUUUCGCCGGCCUCAAAUUGGAGCGGGACUUGGUCAAUGGCGUCCGGGCUGAACACAGGCAUGACGUCCCCCGUGGACGGUGUCGUGGCUGACGACAUGUUUGCGGAUGCAUUGAACGGCUACCAAGGCGAGAUAUGCCCCGAUUCUUUGCACGAUUUCUUCUCAGAGCUCCCCGCGGACAUGCCCAUGCUCGAUAACGCGUGCGACAUGGCUUCGUCCAGUGCCCUUCUUGGAGUCGACGCCCCUGUGCCUGCCAGCCUGUCAUAUGCGCCGGAGAUCGUCCUGACGGACGACACAGCUCGGGCUGUGAAGAUCGACGAGCCCGAGGUUGGUCAGACGAACACGUGCUGCUCCGAAACCAAGUCGCUGGUCAGCUCCGCGUGGGACGCUCUGCAAGAGCACAUAGUGUCGUCCAUGGUGAAACUCCAAUAUUACAGGGAGAACUACAUUGCCAACCAGCUCAGCUCCAUGUCGAUUAGGACGGUAGCAACAACAGGGCUACGGACGCUCCGCGCCCUCAUCAACGGCCAGCAACCCUCUUCAGCGAGCGACGCGCUUUGCUUGGUUCAUCUCGUCUACGCCUUCUCCCUGGUCCUUCAUGAACAGGAAACAUCCGCCCGUUUCAACGACCUCUUUCUUCGGUCUCUAGCAUAUGCCAAUGGGUUACCGUCACACGACAGGAACUUCUACCGGCAGCUUGUCAUUAGUAUAUGGCAGCCACCAGACCUUAGUGAAGCCCACAUUGGGCAACGACUGGCUGGGUUGGCGGAUAGGUCAGUUGGGCUGUGUCAGAACGCCAAAGGGAAAUCCCCAGAGACAUAUGAAGGAAGGAGUGGCUGGGGCAAUGAUUCUCUGCUCAUGGCAGCGCGCGACUUCCUUGAUGAGCUUGAAAUCAGCGUCGUUCUUAACCAAGGUUCCCUGCCGCUCGAUGUGCAGGUCUCUGAUUUGAAUAUCACGCAUCUGAAGGAGAUGAGCCCGGGUGGCCACGUAAACGGAGCGCUACUGGCAACGGCAAAAUACGUAUUAGAAACGCUUUCGCAGGGGCUUGGCGAUGCUUGCCUCACGAACAGACUUGGAGUUGUUUACGGGAGACUCGGCGAUGGCUCCAUCUGCAGCGUCCGAAGGAUCGAGCUCGAGGUGCUUCAAGCUGGCAAGAGUUGCCUACCGUCCACGAAGUUCUUCAGCAGCUUCGUGCCCAACGUCAGACAACUAUGCGACCAGAUCUACGAGCAACAUGACGUGGGAAGGGCGAAGCGUAAUGUCUACCACGGACUUGGCGUCUCGCUGAUUGAGAGCUUGAUCCCAGAAGUCGAUAACUCGGGCGCCAAAGCACCUGAAGCGCAGCUCGACGACCUUGAUGCAUUCUUUAAUGACCUGACCUCUGAGGCGGGCAAUACAACCGACGCGCUCACAGACCUGCAGCCGGCAGUCCCGCACACGUUCAAAUCCGAUGCCAGCCGCGCCCAGCUUCCCACGCCGACAGCAACGUCGUCUAGUAGCGGCGGGACGCCGUCCAGCGCCCAGACGCCCGGCCCAGCAGCCGCCGAGCAAGCAGAGCAAUGCACUACGUUGAAAACAACAUCGGAGCAGCAGCAACCGCCGGGGCAGCAGCAGCAGCAGCAGAAAGUGGAGGCCAACUCGUGCUGCGAGAUCUGCGGGUACCGCCCCAAGGGCGACCCGCAGUGGUUCAAGGGCAGCAUGGCCAAGCACAAGAAGCUGCAGCACAGCACGGAGCCGCCCAGGAUCUACAAGUGUCCGUACCCGGGCUGCACCAGCCAGUAUAAGAACCGGCCGGACAACCUGAGGCAGCAUCAAAUUGAGAAGAACCAUUGGCUGGCUGGCGAUGAGAACACGCCGAGGCGGCCGAGCAAAAGGAAGAAGGUGGCCGAGGGGGAGUGAAUAUCAGGGAGGGGA